AUGAACGACCGCCAAUGCGCGCGCUGCUGGCCUACUACCCCUCCUGUCGCCAUCGACAUCAUCACCCUCUACCCCCUGCCUCCGGAGAUCAUCGCCCUCAUUUUCACCCACUUCCUUGCCCAAACCUUAUCCUCGUGCAGACCCCACUUCAUCGAAUUCAUCCUACUCUCCAAAGAGAUCUAUAUUCAGUACGCUUGGAGGCUGUACGAGCGUGUCGUGCUCGAUGACCGCAACUGCGAGCUGUUCUUUGGGGACUUGUGGUCUAUGGACGAUGCUUUGGGAUUUUCUCUAGGUGGUGGGCGAGGUAUGAAAGGGCGAAGAGAGGGGGCGUGGGUCGAUGAUCUGAUGGGGAAGAGUUACGUCCCUGUCAAGCUGCCGCCAAAAUCGCCUUCAGAGCGCCCGCCGUUCGAGUAUGACCCCUCUGCCGCCUUUCACCUCCCUCCCUCCCUCCGAAAGGUGCUCCUCAUCCGACAAUGCCCACAAGUGUCAUUUGAGACCUACGGGGCUUUUCGGACGUUCCUACGGGUGGCUGAGGGUGUCCGAAAAGCAGUACAAGCCAUACCCGUGGCACCCAGCCCGGACAAGCGUGUCUUCUUACCUGGCCAGCGGGUCAACGAGCCUUUAUUCUCCUCUGUCUCCCAUGUCUCUUUUGGGGAGCAUUUCAUGUCUGUUUUGGGGACAGUGUACGAUCACGACAAACCUACAUUGGAGAACUGCAACUUUAGCCCGAGGCUGAAGAAUGUGUGUAUGCGGCCCGACCACGCGUUCUAUGCCGAAGAGAUCGACGGCUCUGGACACUUCCCGACAAAGUAUGUGGCACGACAAUACUCCAAUGCCGAUGCUGUGUCUCGCCUUCUCAAAGACCAUCUCAAUUUCAACAGAGGCGUAGAAGGGAAAGGGACGAGUUUGGCAUAUCAUAACGCCAGGCCGGCAUACUUUCGGAAGGGAUCAGCGGACACAGUCGUGUACGAUAUGUCGAGAAUGGACGAGGUAUAUGGAUGGGAGGAGCAGCUGAAUGAUACGAUGGCGUACAUUCGGCGCUAUAUGGAUCGCUUGAGGCUUUCAAGUGACUUGAACAUCGGCAUGCUCGCAAGCGACAAGUAUCCCAUGAUCCGAUUCACUGGCAUUUCCCUACAGCCCGACUUUGAUCUUCCUUCUUUCUACAUCAGAGAUUACUACCCUGGCCAACAUCCGCAGAGAUUCGAGGCACUGUUUAGAAGUUGGUUUGAGAGCACUGUCGCCUUCGAGGAGAAGGCCGGCUGUAUGUGCUGCGGGGAGAACGGCGUGGUGGCUCAAACUCCAGCAUAG